AUGGGUUUGUCUGCAUCUACUCCUGCCGCCACGAUUCAGACCAAAAAUGCUUCAGAGCCCCAGACAGCGUCGCCGCCUUCAGGAUGUCCAAUGCAUGAACAGAAAAUGAGAGGUUGUCCCAUGAGCACAAAACCAGAUGCCAGCUGUGAGAGCACAACCUCCUCUGUGCCCGCUCACCAGGACCGAGCCUACGAGUAUGUGCAGUGCCCUGUGACAGGCGCUGUGUUGGAGAAUAAGGAGAACCUAGAUCCUUCCAAUCUGAUGCCACCCCCUAAUCAGAUGCCAGCCCCCGACCAGCCUUUUCCUCUGUCGACUGCCAGGGAGGAGUCCUCUAUUCCAAGAGCAGAUUCCGAGAAAAAGUGGGUGUACCCAUCAGAGCAGAUGUUUUGGAAUGCGAUGUUAAGGAAAGGGUGGAAGUGGAAAAAUGAGGAUAUUAGUCAGGAAGAUAUGUAUAACAUCAUUCGAAUUCACAACCAGAAUAACGAGCAGGCUUGGACGGAGAUCCUCAAAUGGGAAGCCCUACAUGCCACGGAAUGUCCCUGUGGCCCGUCAUUGAUCCGCUUUGGGGGUAAAGCUAAAGAGUAUUCACCACGGGCACGGAUCCGUUCCUGGAUGGGGUAUGAAUUACCUUUUGACAGGCACGAUUGGAUUGUCAACCGCUGCGGCACAGAGGUGCGGUACAUCAUUGACUACUACGAUGGUGGUGAGGUGGACAAAGACUACCAGUUCACUAUCUUGGAUGUCCGUCCUGCCCUGGACUCUCUCUCGGCGGUGUGGGACCGGAUGAAGGUUGCCUGGUGGCGCUGGACUUCAUAA